AUGGCCUUCCACAAGUUGGUGAAGAACAGCGCGUACUACAGCCGCUUCCAGACCAAGUACAAGCGCAGACAGCAGGGCAAGACCGACUACUAUGCCCGUAAGCGUCUGAUCACCCAGGCCAAGAACAAGUACGGUGCCCCCAAGUACCGUCUUGUGGUCCGCUUCACCAACCGCGACAUCAUCAUGCAAAUCGUCACCUCCGAGAUCUCUGGUGACAAGGUCUUCGUCGCCGCCUACGCCCACGAGCUCCCCGCCUACGGCAUCACCCACGGUCUUACCAACUGGGCUGCCGCUUACGCCACCGGUCUCCUGAUCGCCCGCCGUGCCCUCUCCAAGCUCGGCAUCGACAAGGACUUCACUGGUGUCGAGGAGGCCGACGGUGAGUACACCCUCACCGAGGCCGUCGAGACCGACGAUGGUGAGCGCCGCCCCUUCAAGGCCUUCCUUGACGUCGGUCUUCACCGCACCUCCACCGGUGCCCGUGUCUUCGGCGCCAUGAAGGGUGCCUCUGACGGUGGCAUCUUCGUCCCCCACUCCGAGAAGCGUUUCCCUGGUUACGACAUCGAGACCAAGGAGCUCGACGCCGAGACCCUGAAGAACUACAUCUUCGGUGGCCACGUUGCCGAGUACAUGGAGACCCUCGCCGACGACGACGAGGAGCGCUUCAAGUCCCAGUUCCAGCAGUACAUCGACGACGACGUCGAGGCUGACGGCCUUGAGGACCUCUACACCGAGGCCCACGCUGCCAUCCGCGCCGACCCCUGGAAGAAGCCCGAGGGCUCCAAGAAGACCAAGGAGGAGUGGAAGGCUGAGUCCAAGAAGUUCAAGGUCCAGCGCCUGACCAAGCAGGAGAAGGAGGAGCGCGUCAAGCAGCGCAUCGCCGAGCUCCGUGAGGAGUAA